CCAUUUCGCAGAUCUCACACUCCAAAUACGCGCUCUUGUCCUCCCACCCCCACCUCCCCCCCUACUCCGAACUCGGCAUGUCAACUCACCCCACCGGGUCGCAACUCGCCACCACAGCACCGACCUCCCCCUCCUGCUCGAGUGACUCAGAGAAGGCAUGGCACCUCCUGUCUCUCCUCCUCUCGCUCGGUCGCCCGUCUAGCCCUCUCGAGCUCGCCUCCAAAUGCGAACUCUUCCCCACGUCGCCCGAUCUCAUCCGCCACCUCUGCGACGUCCCGAGCUCCCCGAUCCAUCUGACGGACGACCUCUUCGUCACGCUCUCGUUCGCCACCCUAAUCUCGCUCGCUCAGUUCCUGACGAACUCGAAUCUGGUCAGCUUCUUCUGCUCGCCUCGGGUCGAGAGGCCGUGCUUCAGGAAGAGGAAGGGGAGCAUUCUAGAGUGUGAGAGUCUGCCGCCGGUGAAGAGGAGAGCGAAUUCGGAAAGUUACGUGGAUGAGAAAGUCUAUCCAGAUAUAAGAAAGGGCAGGAGUUGCUGUCCCUUCUUGUGCUUGCCUGGGGGGAAUCAAGAUGGUUGUAGAAAGGUUCAUUUACGUAUUAACAAAGACAAAGUCUGGACAAUAAACAUAGAGCAAAGUAAAGUGUCAGACAUGCGAAGCAAUCUGAUAACUACUCCUUGGCUGUUUGUCAAUGCUACCAGGAGACAGUUAGGCCGGCCUCCAAAUGACACUGGCCAUAAAGGUCAAGAUGAUACACUAAUGUCCUUUGCAAGGGAAAAGGCGCAGAAAGAUGUAGUUAUGUUGAAUUACCCGAAUUGUUCCUGCAAAGCUGAAGAAAUUUCGGACAUAUCAAAGAUUGAAACAUCCAGAAAUGUGGUGCCACCUAUACCUUAUCUAGUGCCAAAUGUUUCCCAUAGAGCAUUGGGAAAUCCUUUUGUGUGCAUAGAAACAACUGCUGACAAAAUAGAUUCCACUGAAAAUGAAGACUUCAGUCAAGCAUUUUGUGAAGGGGUGAAUCAAGAAAAAAUGUUACUGAAUGAGGCUGAAAAUACGGAUCAUGCUCUUGAGGGAACAAGUACACCCACUAACAAUGAAAGAAACAUGGCAGAUGGUCAAAAAGAAGUAUCAGCGAGUUCUGUCAGACUUAUAAGAGACAUAGAGGAGACUAACAUGGCAUUUGAUGCUGCUCCGUUGGACAGACCAUUUGAAACAGAAUUUAAGUGGAAGUCUGAGGUAAAUUGUCUCGACAAGAGACGUUCUAUCAGGAGCAAACCUUCCCUUCCGGAAGUUGAGCUUUCUGGAAUGCAGAAUCUUUUGUCAAAACCUUCUGCCAAGAUGAAAACCAGUCACAAGGAUGCAGGGUCUCCGAGUAUGCAAGCUCUCUCAAAAUCUUUAGAGCAUCGAAAAGCCGUUCAAACUUCGAAGGAGAAAGAACAGGUGAAAAGAGGUCAGAAAUUGAUCAAUUUGAAGAAGCAAGCAAAGAAUGGUCAGAUUGGCAUGUGCUAUCAGGAGAGGAAGGGAACCUCCACUUCUGUAUCUCUUAAAGUUCAAUUGGGGACAAAAAUACUGCCCGAUUUUGAAUCUUACAUUGUGGAAGAGGAGGAAGGUUCAGGUGGUUAUGGCACUGUUUAUAGAGCACGCAGGAAAGAUGAUGGGAGUACCGUUGCCAUUAAAUGCCCUCAUCCAAAAGUACAUCAGCACCACAUAAAUAAUGAGCUCAAGAUGCUGGAAAAAUUCGGGGGGAAAAACUGCGUAAUAAAGUAUGAAGGCAGCUUCAAGAAUGAAAAUUCCGAUUGCUUUAUUCUGGAGUACGUAGAACAUGACAGACCUGAGGUGCUCAAGAAAGAAAUAGAUGUUCUCCAGCUACAGUGGUAUGGCUAUUGCUUGUUCAGAGCACUUGCUAGUCUUCAUAAGCAGGGAAUUGUUCACAGAGAUGUGAAACCAGGCAACUUCCUUUACUCUUCCAAGGCUAACAAAGGUUAUCUUAUUGAUUUUAACCUUGCCAUGGAUCUUCAUCAGAAGUAUGGAAGCAAAAACAAAUUGAAGUUGGGGAAUAAGCACAUGGAAGAUUUCCACCCUCCUACAUUUCAGAAUGCAAAAUCUCUUACUCCAACUAAGAGUGGGAAGUCCACGAGGGCUAAAUCUUUGAGCACACUCAAGCUGGCGCUGGAGGAGGUAAAGGGUUCAAAGUCACCUGUAGAUCCCAAGAACUUGAAAAGAAAGGUUGUGGACCAGAAGAAGUAUUAUUUAGCUAGUUGCCAUACAAUAAGGAGCCAAGGUCCAGAUGGUUCAGGCAUAACCUCUACCAAGGAUUUGACUAGCGCUAGUACCCCUUCAGCCAAAAGGCUGCGGGAACCUUUGCCACGGCAUGGUCGGAAGGAGCUUAUAAGCCUUUUGCAUGAUGGGAUGCACAUGAAUCAUGAAGCAUCCAGCGUUCCAGCUACUCUGAGAAAAAGGGUAGCUGCUCCUCCCAGCAAAUCAGAAGGAAAGCUACGUAUCAUCUCCCCAAUGCCUCUUCAUUCAAGAGGUGUUGCUGUUUCUGGUGCUGGCUUGAGGAGUAAGGGUGAUCAUGGUAAAGAAGGGCCUUGUGUAGGGACCAAGGGCUUUAGGGCUCCAGAGGUCUUGUUGAAAUCUCCACAUCAAGGAACCAAGCUUGACAUUUGGUCAGCUGGGGUCACCUUGCUCUAUCUAGUGAUUGGAACAUCGCCCUUUCUUGGCGAUCCAGAGCAGAACAUAAAGGAAAUAGCAAAAUUGAGGGGCAGUGAAGAUCUAUGGGAGGUUGCGAAGUUACACGACCGUGAAUUGUCAUUUCCCGUGGAUCUUUAUGACACACAGUCCUUGGCCUCACUGAAUCUGCGUGAUUGGUGCCAAAAAAACACAAAGAGGCCCAAUUUCCUCGAGGUGCUCCCGCAAUCACUGUUUGAUCUUGUGGACAGAUGCUUGACAGUGAACCCAAGAGCGAGGAUCAGUGCAGAGGAAGCUCUGAGGCACGAGUUCUUCGCACCAUGCCAUGAUGAACUGAGAAAGCAGAAGCUACACAGACUGGGUUCAACCAAGAUUCGGGAAUGAGCCCUCGCAUCCAAAGAAACGAUAAUCAACCGCGCAACGUCCCCUCAAAAGCUAGAUAAGUUGGUUGUGCUAGACAAGUUGGUUAAAUGACUUUUCUCUUGUGAUAUGACGCUCGCUUGAAGCUUUCCCCUAAUCCAGCUCCGGUCUCCUAGCUUUUCCAAGAUAAGUAUCCAUUGUUAGAUGUUGUACAAAGAUGUAACAUUUAAUUUCCUUUCCAUUCUUUUGUAAAUCGUGAGAUGCUCGAGCUGUCAUAACUAAACAUUAUCUGAGUCGACUGUG